UGGUGUUUUGACUUUCUUAUCGGACACUCAGUGACAGCUCUGCUGACUAGGAAGAGUUGUACAAUCGCCAGUCGUCGCUGGUGACUUGUCUUCAGUUACUGAAGACUCUUUGGGGAGAAGCUGAUACAGCAAUUGUUUUUGGUUUCCCCCCUCAUACGAAGACAUGGAGAUCACGGCAGAGAGAGAAGCCGAGGAACGCAGGAGGGAACACUGGAAGCUGCUGUCCAGUCUGAAGACCACAGUGGAGGGCCUGGUGUCCAGUAACAACCCCAACGUGUGGUCUCGCUACGGGGGCCUGCAGCGGCUGCACAAGGACAUGAACAGCAUCCUGAGCCACGGGCUCAAACACGAACAGGUGUACUAUAAGCAGAAGGACUACUGGCCGUUCGUUUGGUGUGUGCGUUACAUCAGUCCGCACUUGGCCUCGCACGUGGAACAGUUCAGUAAGCUGGAGCCGGUGUUGAGCAGUGGGAUGCGGAGUGCAGGGGAGAGCCACAAGGCCGAGCGCUGGCUGCUCCACAGCCUCCAGGUCCACCUGCUGUCGGCCCAGCUCCGGCCCCUCCUCAGACACCAGGGGCACACGCGCAAGUACUUCAACGAGGAGGCCUUUCUCCUGAGCGAGCCCCACGUGACGGCCAUGUUCCAGUGUCUGGAGGCGGUGGAGCAGAACAACCCCAGGCUGCUGGCCCUCAUCGACACAGCCCGGCUCUCUCCUCUGAAGGGUCUGAUGAAGACCCAGAGUAUGUGUGUCUUAGUGGGGGCCGGGAGGACCAGCAACGGCCCCCAGCAUGGAGAACUCAGCCGCAGGUUCACCGCCUCUCAGCUCUCCCUCCGAGAGGGACCCUCCGCCACCAGCACCCCCACCAGCACCACAGCCUCUUUACAGAACACUGUUAACACAGACUCCAGCGCCCCGGGUGCCCCCUGGCUCUGUGUGUCCGGGACGGGGGAGUGUGAGCGCGGCGCGACUCCCCCUCCAGUCGCCCCGGCCGUCCCCCGCAUCGCCCUGACCGAGCCCGCCUCCCCCCCGCCGGACGCCGGCGAGGCGGACUACGACGACGGGCCCGAGUACCUGGCCAUCGGUAACCUGGGCCAGCGCCGCCCCCGCCGCGACUCCCGCUGCUCCGCCGCGGCCAGCGAGCCCGAAGAGGUCCUGGCCACGCCCCUGGGGCAGAGUUCCCUGGCGGGGGCCCCGCCCCCUCUCCGACGCUCCUCCUUCUCAGUGGGACAGAAGGGACCCGACCGGGGGGGCAGGGGCCACGUCCGCUCAGUGUCGGACACGGGACUCGGUCGGAAUCACAGACAUGAGUCGCCUGAAGUGGACUCGUGUGUUCAGGGCUACGGUCCCUUCUCCCCCCCGAGCAGUGAUGCGAGCACUGCCAGCUCCCUCUAUAUGGAGUCCAAUGGCUCGCAGUACGGCAGCGUUCCAGACGGCAUGUUCCGGAAGCCGUCAGAAGGCCAGAGCCUCAUCAGCUACUUGUCAGAGCAGGACUUUGGCAGCUGUGCCGACCUGGAGAAGGAGAACGCCCACUUCAGCAUCUCCGAGUCCCUGAUCGCCGCCAUCGAGCUGAUGAAGUGCAACCUGCGUCGGCGGCAGGAGGAGGGCGGGGGCGGCGGCGAGGAGGAGGGCGACAGCGACAGCGAGAUCCAGCUGCUCAAGCAGAAGAUCCGCCUGCGCCGGCAGCAGCUCCGCCACGGGCCCACGUCGACCUGCACGCCGUCGCAGCACCUGUUCCACUCGACAGACAGCGGAGGAUCCAGGAGAAGCUCCCAGGAUUCCCUGCACACGUCUGACUCGGACUCCGUGGAGGAGGUGGUGGAGUGCGAGCUGAAAGAUGGCAGUGAGGGCCAGACCCUGAUGGCGGUGUCUCAGAGUGGCCUUUCCCUGUCACUCGCCUCGCUCUUUUCAGACGCCGACAUCAAACGUAGCGUCACCUCCAGCGGUCGGUCGUUCCUUAGCUCCGAGUCCAUCUCCCCCUCCUUCCUCCAGUCCAACUCUGCUGAGUCGGUGGCCAUGGGCCUGCUCAGGCAGUUUGAGGGCAUGCAGCUGCCCGCCGCCUCGGAGCUCGACUGGCUGGUUCCAGAACACGACGCCCCUCAGAAGCUCCUGCCCAUCCCCGACUCCUUGCCCAUCUCCCCGGACGACGGCGAGCACGCCGACAUCUACAAGCUGCGGAUCCGGGUGCGAGGCAACCUGGAGUGGGCCCCGCCGCGGCCGCAGAUCAUCUUCAACAUCCACCCCGCCCCCAAGAGGAAGAUCAUUGUCGCCAAGCAGAACUACCGCUGUGCGGGCUGUGGGAUCCGCAUAGACCCAGACUACAUCAAGCGACUGCGCUACUGCGAGUACCUGGGCCGCUACUUCUGCCAGUGCUGCCACGAGAACGCCCAGACGGUAGUGCCGGGCCGCGUGCUCCGUAAGUGGGACUUCAGCAAAUACUACGUCAGCAACUUUGCCCGGGACCUGCUGGGCAAGAUCGCCGGGGAUCCCUUGUUCAACCCCAACGACAUCAACAACAGCCUCUACAAGAAGAACAAGGCUCUGGAGACGGUCAGGGUCUUGAGAGUCCAACUCUUCCACAUGAAAAACCUCUUCAAGACGUGCCGCCUCGCUAAAGAUGUGCUGGACCAGUUUGACAGCCUCCCAGGACACCUGACAGAGGACCUGCAUCUCUUCUCCCUCAACGACCUCGGCAGCGUGCGCAGCGGUGAACUGGCCCCCCGUCUGCGAGACCUGCUCAAACUGGGUUCCGCCCACGUGGCCAGCUGUGUGCUGUGCCAGGCCAAGGGCUUCGUCUGUGAGUUCUGCAACAACGACAAAGACAUCAUCUUCCCCUUUGAGCUGCAUAAGUGCCAGCGCUGCGAAGGUGAGCCCCCCCUUGUGGCCGGAGGGAUAUGCGGCCUGCGCCCCUCCUCCUCCUCCCCUGCCCCUUCCUGGAGAAACUGGAAGUUCCCCCGACCCCGUAGGCUCGCGAGGGCCUUGUCCCAGGACAGGAGAGAGGGAGAGGGGGGGGAGCUGGACGAGAGCAGUAGCGGAGACCAGGGAACGGGCUCGGGCGUCGAGGAGGCGGGAGGAGAACCCGGGGAGGGACGCGAGGGGGGAGCAGAGGAGAAGGAGGCCGAGGGUGCGGGAGAGAAAAAGAAAGGGGAGAGGGAAACGUUGUUUGGAGCGUUCAGGCGAGGCCGACUCGCCGCGGCCUUCUCUCGCGGCAGGGGAACGGAGGGAGGGACGGAGGGGAAGGCGGGAGCGCGGGCAGCUGAACGUGAGGGGGCGGAGGGCGAAGACAGGGAGAUGAGUGGCGGCGUACGGAAAGAGGCGAGCAGCUUAUUCGAAGUCCUCAACAUUUCAAAAACAACCAAGAAACUCAGCACAGCACAGGGCGCCGACAGACUAGCGGGCGUCAAAGGCGACAAGGAGCAGGGAGAGAAGGAACAGAUAGAUGAAGACGGAGGAGAAGAGAAAGAGAAGGGAGAGGGAAGUGUCCCACGGGUCGGUACGCCAGCUAAGGCUCUCUCCGGGGGAGAUCUGGAGGAUAGAGGGAAGAGAGGGACAGACGCGGAAGGAGGGGGUAGAGAAUCUGAGGAGGAGUCGUCAAAGCAGCACCGGGAGACUGAAAGCGACGAGGAAGAGGUGGACCGUGAGGAUAGUGUCACGACGGCAAAGGAGGGAAACCAGGGGAAAGAGAGUAGCCUGAGGGAAAGACGGGGUGAGGUGGGCGGAGGCAAGACGGGGAGGUUCUUGAAUCUGAAGAUGUUAAAGCCAUCUCGAUUAGCCAACAUUUUCUCAAGAGACACCAGAGAGAGUAGUGAACGGGAUGCCAGUGGCGAGAGUGACGGAGCAGACGACAGACAUGCCAAAGAGACCGAGGCUCCCUUCAAUUGGAGGUCUCGCAAAACGCGCAGAGCCAGGAGAAUAACCAAAGUGAGGAAAGAGAAGAAGGGAGGCGAGGAAAGCCAGGAGUGCAAAGCAUGCUUCCACCGCAACUGCUUCAAGGGGGUUAAGGAGUGCCCGCGAUGCCAGCGUCUGGCGGAGAGGAGGGAGAGGAUGGCACGGAAGAACAUGGAGGAGCAGGAGGACAAGGAGGAGGACGAGGGAGGCGGCAGCUGAAGGGAACCGUCGAGGGGGGAGGGAGGGAGGGAUGGAGGAGGAAAACCAAUAGAGCACAAAGCGACAAUGAUUGUAGUGACUUGACCAUGCCCUUCUUUCUUCCAGCUCCUUCUCAUCCCUCUUUUUUUUACCCUCCCUCUUUCUAUUGCUCUCGUUCUCCCCCGAAAGCACAGCUUCCGGGAACGACUUUGUUAUGGAUUUGAUGGGCUACACUAGCUCUGCAACAACAAAAAAAACGUCUCUCAGCCUAAACUUUAAAUAAAGGGUGAUUGUGUGGGUUGCUGCUCUAACCAAGUGCAAAUGUGACAUCAUCCUGCCAUUCGAGUCAAUAUUUUGCCAUUUUAAACAUGUAGAAUCAUUUCAAAGUAUUUAAGAAAUCCGUGUUCUAAGGCUCUCUCCUAUUUUAUGCUAUUUUAGAUAGGCCUACUUGCCUCUUGGUCCGGUGUACAGUAUUUACUGGUGGAGCUAUAGCUACUGAAAAUUGCAAAGAGAAAAGGAGUUUGUCUAACUGGACAUUAUUAGGAGACCUUCAGGCAGUGUUGCUGAUAUUUUUUAAGAUUAGACAAUGAAGGCGCCAUAUUUGUGCUGCUUUGUUUGUGUUUGAGGGAAUGUUUGUGUGUAUAUGAGGUUUUGAGCACUUAAAAUAUUAUGGGUGUGCAAUGGAGAGAAUGUGUGUGUGUCUCUGCAACUGCUGUCAAUGUACGUAUUUCUUAGCAAGCAUUUUGCACCAGCCUAACAAGGCACUUAAUAGUUCCCUUUUCUCGUUGUGUGCGUAUGUGACACGCGAGAGCAUCUUUAUAGAUUUAUUUUAUUUGAUUGCACUGACUCGUCUGUGGUUGGGGAGGUAGGGAGGCGUCCAUCUUGGGGCUUCUCUUAGCUUUAUUUCCUAACGGGGUUCGCCUGUCACAGGUGUCAGCCAUUUUUCAGUUAUGGUUCUGAGGUCUGUUUUAGCUGAGGUUCGGUCUCCAUACACCUCAAUGGUAUAUGUUAUACCAUGGAAUAAGUUGUGUUCUUUGUGGAUCUGUUAGCUGUCGAUCAGUGACUGGAGUUGUGUGACAGACUUAUCUGAAUUGAUUUUAACAAGGCUGCUUUAAAGAAAACACUGUAUUGUGAUUAUUCAAUUCUUUUUCCUGAAUGAAGUUUCUUUAAUUGACUUGUUCAAGGCCUCCCCAACCCAGUGAACUAUUGUUAGUUAUUAACUCCUUUUUUAUGUGGAGGCGUGUGAGGAUAUUGAAGUGCACUACUGAAAAAAAAUUAUAUAACAAUAAAAAUGUAUAUUGUGUUAAAUUGUUAUAUAAUUAUGAUGACAAUA